CGCUCUCGAGCCGCGCGUGGCCCCCACGUGACCGCGCUACGUCACGGUCAGCGCUAGGGAACUACAAGAUGGCGGAGAGCGCGGAACUGAAGCAAAUGGUAAUGAGCCUGCGGGUGUCGGAGCUGCAGGUUCUGCUGGGCUACGCCGGGCGCAAUAAACAUGGCCGGAAGCACGAGCUGCUGACCAAAGCGCUACACCUGCUGAAGGCUGGCUGCAGUCCGGCCGUACACAUGAAGAUCAAGGAGCUGUACAGGCGCCGCUUCCCCACUAAACUGCUCUCGCCAGCCGAGCUCGCCCUGCAGGGGGUGCACGCGCCUGCCGUAUCACUGCCCACCGGCCUCACCCAGCUGUCCUUUGAUGGACAUGCAUCACCCACCUCCCAACUGCUGCCCAUAUCGCUUCUGGGGCCCAAGCAUGAGCUGGCGCUACCCCACCUGCCCUCCUCGCUCCACCCCGUCCACCCCGACGUCAAACUACAGAGGCUGCCCUUCUACGACGUGCUCGACGAACUCAUAAAGCCCACCAGCCUCGCUUCAGACAGCAGUCAGCGCUUUCAGGAAACGUGUUUUGCUUUUGCAUUAACACCACAACAAGUCCAACAGAUCAGCAGCUCUAUGGACAUCUCGGGGACCAAAUGUGACUUCACGGUACAAGUACAGUUAAGGUUUUGCUUAUCAGAAACCAGCUGUCCUCAAGAAGACCACUUUCCUCCUAACCUCUGUGUAAAAGUCAAUGGAAAACCCUGCAAUCUUCCGGGAUACCUUCCUCCUACCAAAAACGGAGUUGAACCAAAGCGUCCCAGCAGACCCAUCAACAUUACCUCACUGGUCAGGCUGUCCACCACUGUCCCCAACACCAUCGUGGUGUCCUGGACAUCGGAAAUUGGGAGGAGUUACUCCAUGGCAGUGUAUCUGGUGAAGCAGCAGUCGUCUACAGCGCUGUUACAGAGACUUCGUGCCAAAGGCAUCAGAAACCCAGACCACUCCAGAGCUCUCAUCAAAGAAAAGCUAACCGCAGAUCCUGACAGUGAAAUUGCCACCACCAGCUUGCGAGUGUCGUUACUCUGCCCGCUGGGGAAGAUGCGGCUAAUGAUCCCGUGCAGAUCGUUGACGUGUACCCACCUGCAGUGCUUCGACGCCACACUCUACAUCCAAAUGAAUGAGAAGAAGCCCACCUGGGUGUGUCCUGUCUGUGACAAAAAAGCACCAUAUGAACACCUAAUCAUCGACGGGUUGUUUAUGGAGAUCCUGAACAGCUGUGUAGACUGUGAUGAGAUUCAGUUUAAGGAAGAUGGCAGUUGGGCCCCCAUGAGGUCGAAAAAGGACGUGCAGGAAGUUUCUGCUUCAUACAACGGCAUAGACGGCGGAUGUCAACCAUCAGCCCCCGAGCAGAAAUCCAGCUCCCACACAAACGGCAGCAGCGGUAAGAAUGUGGAGGUGAUCGAUCUGACUCUAGACAGCUCAUCUGAGGAGGAGGAGGAGGAAGAGCCACCUGUAAAAAGAAACUGCCCCUCCCUCUCCCCGGUUUCACCACAGAUGAACAAGGGAGUGUUGAAUUUGUGUACUCAGGCGUCUCCUGCAAGUCGAACUCCAAGCAUGCCACAAGUGGAGACCAACUACAUCCCCCCUCCUCCACCGCUCAUACAGGACUACCGCCACUACUAUCCUACACCCAAUGAUCUUUCAGAUCUGAACUUUUUCUCGUUUUUACAAGGAGAAAAUCAUCAGCACUAUAACAUGGUGAUGGCGGCGGCGGCGGCUUCGGCGUCUGAGGAUCAUGACCUCCUGCUGAACCGUUUCCUGCCAUACAGCUCCUCUCAGCUCUUCCUGGACGCUCCUGGCACACCGGUGAGUAGCAGCAGCAGUGCAGUUCACGCCGCUCUCAACGUCAACCGCAGCAACAGCAACAGCUCUAGCAGCAGCAGCCUCCCCACGAUCCCCCGCUCCGGCUCGGACAUCUACAGCUCCAUCCCCGAUAUCAUCUCCCUAGACUGAUCUACAACCUCGAGCUCCAAACAGACUCCGUACAUUUGGUGUUGGGAGAGAAAAAAAAAAACACAAUAGAAACCAGAAAAAAAAGAAAGUGAGGGGUUUUAAUCGUUUUUCCUAAACGACGAACAUUUGCUAUGUACAGAGAACAAAUAUAUUUUCAGUUUUACUUUUUGUAUAUAUAUAUAAAUAUAUAUAUAUAUAUAAACACAAAAGACCUUUUUUCCUAUUAUGCGAAUAACUAAGGUUUGGUUUUCUUCCAUGGGAAAAAAAAAGAGACUUUUUUUUAUUUCAUCACAGAUUGUUGUGUUGUCGUCCCCUUGAUUAUACUGUUAUAAUAUUUUAUAUCUUUAUGGUCUUUUGCUACAUUAUAUUUAGUGUCAUUUCUGAUUCCACGUCGAAGGCGUUACCCUCCCACACAGGGACAUGGCAGCGUGUUCGGCCGUCCCUCGUCCACAUGGACGUUCCAGAUGGACAGAGACAUGCUUCUCUAGCACUGGCAGUGUUUUUCAGCUCGCAGAUGGUUUUAUAAUACUUUUAAAUUAUAUGAAGUAUGUGAACUGUUAAGCAUUUCUUUAUCUUCAGGAAUCUGCUGUCUCCUGCCAUUGCUUUUUCUCUUCUUCUUAAUUAUAUUACACUUAUUUAUAAUUAAGAGCAGAUGCAUUUUGCUCUGAUUGUACUGUCAUCUUUGUAGAAUUUGUGCUAAACACUUUUUAUAUUUCAGACCACUUUUUUUGCACAAUGCCAAAAGCGAUGCCACAGAAAAUUACUUUGCUUUCUUUCUAUCUUUCUUUCUUUCUUUCUUUCUUUCUUUCUUUCUUUCUUUCUUUCUUUCUUUCUUUGGGUUUUUUUUUCUGAGGUGAUUAAGGAAGUGUGUCAGCUCAAAAGAUAUCUAGUGGUUGGAAACUUGUGUGUGUGUGUGUGUUUUUGAGCUGAUGCUGCGUUUCUGUACCUUACACACAUUUUCACUUUACUCUGCUCUUCUGUGUGUGUGUCUGUGUGUGUGUCUGUGUGUGUGUCUGUGUGUGUGUGUGUGUGUCUGUGUCUGUGUGUGUGUGUAAGAAGCUUUUAUAAGAUGCCUCUCCCACCAGACCUUAAGCUUGUCUUUCAGCUUGUGAAUUGAUCAAGACAUAUCUGAACGAUUGGAUUCAUUUAAUUUGAGAACACCUACGCCUCCUACUCACCGUAGUUAGACUAAAAUUAUAAUAAGAAAUCAAAUGAAUCUUUGAUGUUGAGAAAUACAGCUAGAUAAUUAGUCUAAACACUCAGAAGCUAGCAACUGGUGUGAUUACAUUUUGUGCAUGUUGUGAGCUGCUUUUUCUCAUCUAAAAAAUAAACUCAUGAGAACGCAGCCCAUGAUGUGCUGGAAUUUACACAAGACAUCAGUAAUGAAUGUCACUUUGUAAAAUGAUUGCAAAAUGAGCAAAGGUGUCUAAUCUGGCAAACACACGAACGAUUUAGCAUCAAAUCCGAUGUCCUCACAAACUGUUCAGUCUUUAGACAGGAGUUAGACAAAUAAAAAGGAAAGGAAGACGCUCAGUUAUGUCUUGCAAUACAAUAGAGUCUAUGAACACACACACACACACACACACACACUAAAAUGGCUUCAUCUUAGCAGAUGAGAGGUCCAUUUAAGAAACAGACCAAGCAUAUCAUUACCAUUUACUCCAUGGUUCAAGGUUCCUCUGUGGGUUAAAAAAAAAAAAAAAAAAAGUUAUUUAUUAAAAUAAUUAUUUAAACUAAGAAAGGUUAAUUUAAGGGGGAAUGUUAACUGUACCUCACUUUGCUUGACCUCAUUUGGGAUAUCUAAAGGUGUGUGCGCGCUUGUGCGUGCGUGUUCGUGUGUGUGUGUGCCUGCGUGUGUGUGCGUGUGCGUGCACGUCUUUCUCAUUGCUUGAGAUCUUGUUCCAUCCCCUUAAUUGCAUUUCUAGCUGAGAUCAUUAUGACAGGCUUUUCUUCUUCUUGUUCAGCCUUCAUAGUGUGACUGACUGAUUGUUUUCGUGAUGGUCCAUAUUUCCAUCACCUCCUAAAUGCUUUCUUUGCUUUUUUACUGUUUAAAAUGUCUUCAGUAUUUUCAGCUCUGUUUUCACGCCCUGACCUCAUAGUGUUUCGUUCAUUUGAUUGCUCAAUAUCUUACACAACAAAUACCUUUCGGGGCUGAUUAAUCCUCUGUGUCAGUCAGCUGCCGAGCUUUAACGUAGAUAGCUUUGUAAAGGAGAGAAGGAGUUCAUCACACGGUUUAACGUGUAAUGACGUGACUGACCUACAUUUUAAUAAUAAUCCCAUUUGUUUUAUUUAUAUGAGAGAAAUGAAUCUCUUGUGUAAAACAAUGCAUUAACUCCUACAAAUAUAAGCUUUAUUAUAUUCUAGACAAACUGACGAUUGCAGCCUCUUGUGCUUUCAACUCCUGCAGUAAUGUUCUAGUUUUGUAUUUAAAUAUCCUGCUCUCUGACAGUGUUAAAGACCAAACUUCUGGUCAUAUUUGCUCAGUAUCUGAGGCUGUGGGUCUCGUCUGCACCAUCAAACCAAGGUGAAGUCAAUAAAUAGGGCUGUUUUUGUUUUUGUCCUUUUUCCUUCACCAUAAGUUAAUAAAUACAUCAUCAACAUGGUCAUGCAAAUUUGAUUUGAAUCAUAGUUCUUGACUUCUCUGCUCACUCCCUCUGGACAUAUAGCGGAUUAAAUUAUUUACCAAGUUUAUAAUAGAUGAUUUGCUUCAUAGCAAAAUCUCAACCCAUGUUUCAUCAACUUGAUGUCAGUUUUUUGUUAUUAUUGACAAAGGGAAGUAGUGUGUGUGUGUGUGCAUGUGCGUGUGUGUGCGCGUGUGUGUGUGUGCGCGUGUGCGUGCGUGUGUGUGUGUGUGUGUGUGUGUGUGCGUGUGUAUGUGUGUGUGUGUGUUUUGAUCUGAUUUAUUUGUAUGUAUUUGUAUUCCAGCCGCUGGAGCAUCACAUCAAAGCGAUUACUUAUAUAUUUUUUUCAAAUGCAAAAAACAAACAAAAAAAAACUGUGCUAUAAAGUAGACUUUGUGUCUGGGUCAGAUAUUAUUUUAUUAUUAUUUUUCAUUUCAUGUAAGCUGACAUCUGUGCUCACUGCCUUAAACUUCACUUCCUCUGUCUGUGGCAUGUCCGGUAAGAGAAACGAGCUUUUAAAGGAGAUGUGGAAGAGAUAUUGUAUAGUAGAACAGUGUCGGUUUGUAUAAAGACCUAAGGGAAAAAAUAUUUAUUACAUGCAUUGGAAGAAAUUGUUUACUUAAUAAAUGUUACCUGUUUAUUUAGGGACGUUUAGAUGUAAUAAAUACAUUGAGUUAAACUUU